AUGGGAAAGGGUAGCCACGUUGUGAUCACCUCAGCUUUGUCAUGGCUAUCUCAGAUUCCUCCAGUGAAACUUCAGGGGAGCUGCACAAAUACUGGCCACUGCCCAGAUGCAAACUUGAUCCACAUCUGGUACAUCUGGCUGGCGGUGGCCAUUGGCGCUCUGCUCCUUCUCUGCGUCCUGGUCUCUGUUUGCGUGAAGUGCUGCUGCCUUAACUGCCCACCGUCUGGGGACGGCAACAGGACCCAGCCUUACGAGGUGACCGUCAUCGCGUUCGAUCAUGACAGCAGCACCUUGCAAAGCACCAUCACCUCCCUGCAUUCGAUGUUUGGGCCAGCGGCUCGACGGAUACUCGCCGUGGCUCAUUCCCACAGCGCCGGGCCAGGAGCACACCCCUCUGCCAGAAGCGAGACACCCCCCAUUUACGAGGAGGCCUUACGCAUGAGUAGAUUCACCGUCUCCAGAAGCGGAGAGAGAAUGCCGGAUCCGGAGCCGGUGCCGGAGGGACGGCAGCCAGAGGCCAAAACUCCAGAAGCAAACAGCCCCGAGACUUGCCAGCCUCCCGAGUCAGACGUCAUCGAGGACUGCAAGUUCCACACCCUGUCAGAGAGUCCGAAAUAUAUUCCAGGCUAG